GUACAGCCGGUCCGGCGUUGACUGGUCCCGCGGCCGCAUCUUACGGCAUGAAGCAGCUUAAUGUCUCAGGAGGAAGGCCAAUCACUAGCUCUGCGUCAACGGAAGAGUUCUGCGAACUUGGGAGUGAUUCAGACCGUGGACUUGGCCGAAGCCGCAAGCACAGGCUCGCGACAACCCCUCCUACCUGAUAAUAUGUCAACAGGCAAUAAUGGCGGGGCGCUAGGGGUAGACAUGGCGUCUCGGGCGCCACAAGAUAUCGAAGCGGCCAUCGCGGACGACAGCCGCAGAAAGACGAAGCAACAGCAGCCGCUCUGGAAGCGAUUCCUUACCUCACAGCUCACCUGGGACGGUGUAGCAGCGGCGUCGUGCUUAAUCCUCGCAUUGGUGCUGGAACUUGCAAAGCCGCGGAACACAUACAUCCUCAAGGACACUCUAUACUGGCAUUCCUACCCCAAGAAGGACAACACGGUGCCCAGUUCCUCCGUGCCCAUCUACAGCUUGAUCGGCCCCUUCGUGGUCUUCCUCUUCUACCGCUUCGUGGCCAAGCGCUCCAACUACGAGGUGGCCCGGCUCACCAUCGCGCUGUGCCUGGCCUACUUCCUGACCGGCGCCAUCACCAACUGCCUCAAGCUGCCGGUGGGGCGGCUGCGGCCCAACUUCGUGCGCACCUGCUGGCCCAACGGCACCAUCGUGCUCAGCCACGAGGACCAGUGGGGCGGCUACGCGGUGUGUGACCCCAGCGUGCCGGAGUCGGAUGUGGACGAGGUCCACAAGAGCUGGCCCAGCGGCCACAGCUCCCUCUCGGCCGCGGGCCUGGGCUUCCUGACCUUCUGGCUGCUGGGCCAACUGCGCGCCUUCGCCGCGCCCUCGCCCUGGUUUUGGGGCGCCGCCUCCGCGGCCGCGCCGCCCUCCAAGGGCCGGCAGUGGCGCUUCCUGGUCGCCAUCCUGCCCUCGUUCGGAGCCGUGGCAGUGGCCGUCACGCGCGUGCUUGACUACUGGCACUUCCCCAGCGACGUGCUCACGGGCCUGGCCAUCGGCUUCCUGACCGCCUUCUUCGUGUACCGCCUCAUCUACCCGCCGCUCACGCACCCGCGCUGCGACCUGCCCUGGGAUCACCUGGAGCGGAUCGAGGAGGCGGCGCGGCUGGCGGGCGCAGCCGGCGGCGCGCUGGCGUCGUCCACGUCGUCGGGAAACGGGGCCGGCGCGGCGCACCUGGCGCCGCCGCCGCUGCUGUCGGGUGGCCGGUAGCAGCAGCUACAGCAGCAGCAGCCGGAGGGGCGCCUGCCGCGGCCCGCUGGGGUCCGGGUCUGAGCGGGUGGGCGUAUGGCGGAGCCGCGGACGAUUUGGAGGCCGGCGGCGGGGCGGGGGCCGGGGCGGGCGCCGGGGCGGGGGCUGCGGCGGCGGGCGUGGGGACAGGCGAUGACGGCGAGUUGGUGGGCACAUCGCCCGCGGCGUCGGUGCUGAGCGUGGGGGAUGGCGGGCACGGCUGCUGGUGCGGCACGGAGGGCAGCGCCACCACCGGCCACAGCCAGCACGACCCGCUGGUCAUCACCAUGCUGCAACAGCAGCAGCAACAGCAGCAGCGGCCAGCCAGUGGUGCACACGGCGUCGGCGUGUUCGGCGCCGGCAGCGAAGUGGGCGUCGUGCGCGGCGCCGGCGCCGUCAGCGCGCAGGCUGUGCGGCUGGAGCGUCAGCCUGAGCGAGAGGGUGACGGUGGGUUAGGUAUGGUGAGCGGCACAUGGAGUACGGCAGGGAGUGGGCGCGGGUUGGACGCGGAGGGGAGGCUGAUCACGCCCAAGGCGGAUCGCGGGCGGGCGGCGCGCGGGGUGGUGCAGCGGCGCGUGCUGCGCGUGCUGACGUGAUGAGCGUGCUUGUUUGGUUGGAGUAUGUUGUCGGAAAGAUGGGGCACGACGAUGCUUAAUGGGUGCGUGUAUGUAUGCGGUACAGCCCAAGUGCAUGAUGCGGGUUGGUCGUGUACGCGUUGCAAGCGCUGGCGCUGCCUUGUAUGCCGGAAAGAAUUUCACGUGGGUUUGGCAGUUGGCAUAGGAUGGUCGGGCCACGCGUGAUUCGGGUUCGGAAGCGGGCAUGACACAUACUACGGUAUUUACUGGGCCGGGUGACUCUAUUGUGACUGGUGAGGGUGCCGCGGCGCCGCGCUGCUCCGGGCUUCCAGUUUGCGGUUGGUCGUUUCAGAGCGCCCAUCUCGCUGCGGUUAGCAAGGCUUGGCGAUUUGGAUGCACUGAUUGCUAACAUAACCGGUGUUAUCCAUAUUUAUCAGGAAGAGCACGGAGCCGUAGAGCCAUUCCUCGCCCACAUGCCCACGUCUACGCCCUCACCCACAUGCUCUCUAGCCCAC